UUGUCCGGGCUCCACCAAACUGGCUUCGAAGGGAGUUCGCUCACGUCGGAACUAACCGGGUUAACUAACUAACUAACUAACUAACUAGCCGACUUGACUGAACUCGCGGGAAACAGGGGGACUAUCCAGGACAGGGGGCGCGGGAGAAUCCGGAGGAUAACGUCUCCAAAAGCCGAGCGAUGAGUCGCAGCAUCGUGCGGCAGAGUAAAUUCCGCCACGUCUUCGGCCAGGCGGUCAAAGCGGAGCAGGGCUAUGAUGACAUCCGGGUCUCCAGGGUGACAUGGGACAGCUCCUUCUGUGCCGUCAACCCAAAGUUCCUGGCAGUUAUUGUCGAAUCCAGUGGAGGAGGUGCGUUCCUGGUCCUGCCCCUCAUCAAGACAGGCCGUGUGGACAAGAACAACCCCCUCGUGAUUGGCCACUCUGGACCCGUCCUCGAUAUCGACUGGUGCCCCCACAAUGACAACAUCCUAGCCAGCUGCUCGGAGGACUGCACCGCAAUGGUGUGGCAGAUCCCAGACCAGGCACUGAGCCGCCCACUCUCAGAGCCCAUUGUGGUCCUGGAGGGCCACUCCAAACGUGUUGGCAUUGUCAGCUGGCACCCAACCGCGCGCAAUAUGCUACUCACUGCGGGCAGUGAUAACCUGAUAAUCAUCUGGAACGUGGGGACGGGGGAGCCCCUCAUCACAAUGGACGACCACCCGGACCUCAUCUACAACGUCAGCUGGAACCGCAACGGUAGCCUGUUUUGCACCACCUGCAAGGAUCGACGCUUGCGUGUCUGUGACCCCCGUAAAAGGGAGGUGGUCGCGGAACGUCUGGCUCCGCACGAGGGGAUCAGACCAAUGAGAGCCAUCUUCACCAGAGACGGAAACAUCUUCACAACAGGGUUCACCAGAAUGAGCCAGAGAGAACUGGGACUCUGGGACCCGACAAAUUUCGAGGAGCCUAUUGCACUGUUAGAGCUGGACACAAGUAACGGAGUGCUGUUGCCCUUCUACGAUGCAGACGCCAACAUGGUCUACCUCUGUGGAAAGGGAGACAGCAGUAUCCGUUACUUUGAGAUCACAGAGGAGCCACCAUUUGUCCAUUACCUCAGUACCUUCAGCAGUAAGGAGCCCCAGAGAGGAAUGGGAUUCAUGCCCAAGAGAGGAGUGGAUGUCAGCAAGUGUGAGAUUGCCAGAUUAUACAAACUCCAUGACAAGAAAUGUGAACCUAUAACAAUGACAGUUCCCAGAAAGUCAGACCUGUUCCAGGAUGACCUAUACCCCGACACCGCGGGGCCUGAGCCGGCCAUGGAGCCCGAGGAGUGGCUGGAGGGCCGCGAUGAUGACCCCAUCCUGGUGUCCAUGAGGCAGGGCUAUGUGCCGCCCAAGAGCCGUGAGCUGAAAGUGGCCAAGAAGAACGUUCUGGACUCCAGACCCUCCACCCGACGCAGCAUGUCCACAUGUGACGCCAACAGCCUGCCACCUCAGUUGAUUGAGAGGUUGCUGGAGGAGAUACAGAACCUGAAAGCCACAGUUUUGUCUCAGGAGAAGAGAAUCUGUGACCUGGAGAACAAGCUUUCCCAGUACACUAACGGCACUGCCUGAUAGCACCCCCGCCCAUACCCCCCCUCCACACCCACUCACACACACACACACACGUGCUGAGGAAGUAGUCAGUUAUAUUAAUAUCACAGAGACACGUUGCCCUUGCAUAGGCAUGGAAAAACAUCCCCUUUGACCCGCGGACAGUAAAGUGCCCUAACAAGCCUGUCCCACUAAUGCUGUUACAGAAACUCAUAGAUGGUCAUGUAUGUAGCGUGUACGGUGAACCCCACGAGGGUUACAUGGUGGACAGUGGGGGUUGUGCGUUUGAUAGACGUGUGGCGGUAAGGACUGAGGAAAGUAAACUUUUCUUUGUGUUUUCGUGUAGAAUGGUUGUGUGCAAAUGGCAUCUCAAGGUGCUUUUUAGAAGAUUGCAUCCCAUGAAACUCACAAACUAAACAGCCAUGAACACAUGCCACCAAUAGUAAGCAAAGGGACACACACGCACACAUGUGCGCACACACAUGCACACACAUAAGCACACAAACACGCGUGUGCACACACAUGCACAUGCCCAAACACACACACACACACACACACACAGGCAUGCACGUGUAGAACGUAACAGGGGCACACACAACACACAGCCAUCUAUCUGCACAAUGCAUUUCAGCGUAUAUAUGUAUACUCACCUUGCCAUCCUUAUAGGAUUAUCACUGACCAGCACAUGGAAAUAAGUCUCUCUGAAUCUCUGACACCCUUUUUCAAAAUGUAAAUAGCGAUUAAGGACAAAUGGAGAAAAAAGAAAAAAAAGUUGAACUUAUACCAAAAUGUGAAAACCAAAAACAAUUUUGUGUGUUCUGCAAAGGAUUAUACAUAAGAAACAUUAUGACAUCAAUAAAA